AUGCUCCCUCUCUUCUACCUCGGUCUCGUUCUCCCCGUGAUUACAUCCUCUGCAGAACCCUCCCCGUUCGACAUCACUCGGUCGUGGUCUGUCCACAGCCCAUACAAAGAUGCUCCUGGCUUUGGGCUCCCCAAAGGCAUCCCUCGAGGAUGUGAACUGUCACAAGUACACGUCCUCCACCGACACGCCGAGCGAUACCCACGACCAGUCGACUACGAAGGACUGGGUAUGGAGCAGUUCUUUGAGAAAAUUCAACACUACAUGACCACCCACAACACAGACACCGUCGGCACAGGACCCUUGUCUUUCCUGAACUCCUGGCGAUAUCUUCUCGGCGAGGAGGUGCUGAUUCCCCCCGGUUCGGCCACGGAGACUACCUCGGGAGCACACUUCUGGGCGCAGUAUGGGCGCUUAUUGUAUCGAGCUCCGCCCGGGACGACCCGCUGGGACCAGUCGUUCAACGUCCAUCCGAAUGGGACGGAACGGGCAAAGCCAAUCUUCCGGAGUACGGAUAUGGACCGCAUUGUGGAGAGUACCCAGGCGUGGGCGAGUGGCUUCUUCGGUGAUAUCCACACAGACUCGUCGAAGGCUCAGUACGAUCUGGUCAUCACACCUGAAGGUCUUGGGUUCAACAACACCCUCGCAACGAACCCCUCCUGUCAGGGAGUCUCUGCGGGGGACAAGCUGAAGAAGAUCUUCACCAAUCGGUCCCUCCGCGGCACACGUUCCCGCCUAGCGCAGUUUCUCCCAGCGAACUUCAAUCUCACCAUCUCCGACGUGUACACCAUGCUCGCCCUGUGUCCCAUGGAGACCGAAGCGCUGGGCAGCUCCUCGUUCUGCGGUGUCUUCACAACGCAGGAAUGGCGCGACUUCGCCUACAGCAUCGACAUGCAGAUGUACACGGGCUUUGGGUUUGGUUCGUCGUCUGGACGCGCACAGGGCAUCGGGUACGUGCUCGAGCUGGCGGCGCGAUUGUCGGGGCAUGUCAUCCACACGAGCGACACGAGCAUCAAUGCCACCGUCACCGGCGACCCAGGAACGUUCCCCCUGCAUCAGCCACUGUACCUGGAUAUGACGCACGACGAUCUGAUUGUCACGGUGUUGACGGCGCUGGGGUUGACGCAUUUCCAGGCGCCGACAGGGCUGCCAGCGGAGGUCGACCACGCCGUGCCGCGUACCUUCCAGUUAGAACAGAUCACGCCGUAUGGCGCACAUCUAGCUACAGAGGUGUGGAAAUGUCCGUCGACGACUACGUUCGAUGCGCUCGAUGAGACGAUGUACGAGAACCCUGACCUGUCGGCGCUACACGACGCUACGACCUACAUCCGCUUCAUGCUGAACGGGGCCCCGGUGCCACUGGAAGGCAACGACGGCUGUUCGACGGCUACAAAUGGAUUCUGUCCCCUGGAGGGCUUCCUGCGAGGCGUGCCGGCGCUGAAAGAGAAGGCAGCCUUUUACCAGAUGUCCCUCUCUGACGUCGCGAAUAGCGUCACCAUGCCGCGAUUUGUCAUUCUUUGCCACUCUUCCCUCUCUUCCCCCUCUUCCAGCUUCAUCCAACUCAUCCAUCACAACCACAAUCCAUACCACAAUCUUUACAUCCACGUUCGUUACACCCACAUUCGUUCUCAAAUCCAUCCUCAGAACAUCAUCAUCAAAAUGAGCUGCGCCAACCCCAUCUACAUGCGGGGGCCUGUGCGAGAGUGGAUCAUAAGGGAGCCAGAGUUCCGAGAGAGACUGGCAAGGGAGCAAUACGAGCGAGACCAAGCCUUUAGAGAAGAACUCAGAAGACAAGAGGCUAUGAGACAGGAUGCUAUGAGAAAAGAGGCUCAGAGACAAGAGGCCAUUCGAGAGGAGGCUGUGAGGGAGCAAAUCAAGCGACAGAUCAUGGAAGCUAUGAAGCAUCCUAUUACGAGAGACCGCAUCGUGAAACGAGUACGAGCCUACAAAGAAUUCCAAGCCAACCUGCAUGUACCGGUGCCUCUGAUUCAGGCAGCGAUACGCCCCAUCGAUCACAACAACCGGCCGCACAUGGCACCUCAGCUUCCCAAGCCGCUGAAACUGAGUCGGGAUCAGCAUAUUCGGAUCUGCGGGAUCUUUUCUUACUACGAUAUUGAGCUGGACGGGAAGGUUCUUUGGAUGCGGCCUGUGGAGUUCCGGACCAAGAGCCUGCCCUGGGGAUUUGCGACGACGGUGAUGCAACCAGUCUUGCUGCGGGCAAGAAGGCCUGUGCACAAGGAGAUAUGGCGACAGGUGGUGAUUCGUGCUGGGCGAGUGAUUGCAAAGGAGGCCGAAACGAAUGUGCAGGUGAAGAGAGUGGUGGUUGCGGGCCAGGAUAGGGCCUCUGCAGCCCAAAAGUCUUGGGGUGAUCCUGACAGCUGGGUCACUGAGUGUGUGGUAUACAUCGGAAGUUCACUUGAUUGA